AUGGACGAUGAUAUCAAGAGAGUGUUGUACGAGAGUUUUCAUGCAGUGCCUAAUUACAUAUUAGACACGGUUCUACGUGAUAUGAAAGAUUGUGCAAAAGAAAUGGUUGCCCUAAAUUCUGAAGAACUUGAACUAAUGGAGAUGAACGUGUUGCUUCGUGUUGUUACCACGAUGGAAGAAGAUCAUUAUAAUUAUAACGGUGGACAAAACGUGGGCUUGCCAGCAAGAUUGGAUAUUGAUACGACUUCUUCAAACUCCAAAGAUCAUUGUUCAAUUUGUUUUGAGGAGUUUCGCAAUGGAUCGCAUACUGAACUCUUUUAUACAAAAUGUUCUCAUAUUUUUCAUAAAGAAUGUAUUGCUAAAUGGAUUUAUCGAUGUGUCAAUGGUGCACGAUCUUAUUCUUGUCCUUUGUGUCGAUGUGAAAUAAUAUGA